AUGCCUGAGUCAAGCAGCUCUCGUGGAGUUGUCAUCAGCGGCGGAGGGCGGGGUAUCGGGCGAGCCCUGGCUCGCCAUUUCCUGAACAAGGGCGAUCGCGUCUUCCUGCUCGACGUCGAUGCUGAUGAACUGCACCACACCGUCCACGUCCACCUCGCCAAACACCAUCCCACCAACCUCUCCUCCUCCAUCUGCGACCUCCGCAAUGCCGACGAGAUCCGCAAGACGAUCACCGAUGCCGCCAAAUUCCUCGGCGGCCACAUCGACGUCCUGAUCAACAACGCCAGCAUCGCGACGCCGCAAUGGAAAGACGGCAAAACCAUGCUCGACGCGUCGACGCUGGAUGAGUGGCGCGCCUACGUCGACACGAACCUGACGGCGCCCUUCGCCGUCAGCCAGGCGGCGCUGCCGUACAUGAGGUGCGACGCCGCCGCCGCCGCCAACGCCGACGCCGCCCGCCACGACGCCAGGCACAUCGCCGGGCCCGGCCCGUGUAUCGUCCACGUCGGCUCCUUCCGCGCGCACCAGAGCGACCCGAACCAGGAGGGCUACGCCGCGACAAAGGCCGGCCAGCUCGGCCUGAUGCACUCGAUGGCCGUCAGCUGCGAGCCGUGGGGCAUACGUGUGAACCUGGUCGCGCCGGGGCGCAUCAAGGUGGCGCAUGAGUGCAAGGAGGGCGAUGAGAAGGGGAUGAGCUGGGCGGAGACGCUGGAGGAGAAGGAUGUGCAGCAGCAUCCGGCGAAUCGCGCGGGCAUGCCUGAGGAUAUUGCGCAGGCGGUGGAGUAUUUGGUUAAUGCGGGGUUUGUCACUGGGCAGGAGAUUACGGUCGAUGGCGGCGCGUUGAAGAAGAAGAAUAAGUGA